AUGCGCCAAUUUAGUUCGGGUUGGUUUAAAGGUUCGUAUUCUAGAUGGUUAGAGUAUAGUGUGAAGAAAGAUGCCGCAUUUUGUUUAUGUUGUUAUUUAUUCAAAAAUAAUUACGUUAAUGGAAGCACAGGUGACUCUUUCACAAAAACCGGCUUUAAGGCUUGGAAUAAAGCAACCGAAAGAUUUGAUCUACAUGUUGGUGAAGCAAGUAAUCUCCACCAUAAGUGCUUCAACAAUAUGUUAGCCUUGUCAAAUCAAUCUCAAUCAAUUCAAGCUGCUUUUGAAAAGCAAUCCGAUCAACAAAAAACUGAAUAUCGAAUUCGUUUAAAUGCCUCAAUUGAUGUUGCAAGGUUUCUCUUGGACUUUGGAUUGUCUUUUCGUGGUCAUGAUGAAAGUGAAUCUUCAAAAAAUAAAGGCCUUUUUCUAGGGCUUUUGGAAUGGCUUGGAAAUAGGCUUCCAGAUGUAGAUAGAGUUAUAUUAAAACAUGCUCCAAAAAAUGAUAUGAUGACUUCGCCAAAAAUUCAAAAGGAUAUUGUGAGUGCUUGUGCACAAGAGACCGUGAAAGCUAUAAUUGAUGACUUGGAUGGAGAUUAUUUUAGGAUAUUAGUUGAUGAGUCCAAGGAUAUUUCACACCAUGAACAAAUGGCCCUUGCUUUGCGGUAUGUUGACAAAAAAGUCCAAGUGAACGAGCCAUUUAUUAGUCUUGUUCGUAUUAGUGAUACCUCUGCAAAGUCGUUAAAAGAAGCAGUACUUUCUUUGCUAAUGAAACACUCAUUAAGUCCAUCCAAAAUACGUGGACAAGGCUAUGAUGGAGCUAGUAAUAUGCAGGGAAAGAUGAAUGGCCUUAAAGCUUUAAUUUUGAAAGAAACUCCAUGGGCAUAUUCUGUUCAUUGUUUUGCAUAUCAAUUACAACUGACGCUUGUAGCUGUUGCUAAAAAACACAAGGAGGUUGAGACUUUCUUUGCUAUUGUUACUAACGUGUUGAAUAUAAUUGGAGUUUCUUUUAAGCGUAGAGAUCAACUUCGGGAUCAUCAAGUAGAAUUGUUGGAGAAAUUGUUAGAGAGUGGUGAAGUUCAAAGUGGGAAAGGAUUAAAUCAAGAGCGGGGGCUUCAAAGGCAAGGUGACACUCGUUGGGGAUCACAUUGUAAAACAUUGGAUAACUUUGUUAUUUUAUUUUCUUCUAUUGUUCAUGUGCUUGGGGUGAUUGAAUGUGAAGGUGAUGUCAAUGAUAGGUUGCAAGCAGAAGCUUUUUCUAGUAAAAUUAAAGCAUUUGAAUUUGUUUUCUUGCUUCACUUAAUGUUGAAAGUAUUGAUAAUGUCAAACGAGUUGAGCAAAGCAUUACAGAAGAAAGAUCAAGAUAUUGUCAAUGCCAUGGUAUUUCUUGAUAUCACAAAGGAAAGGUUGCAAGAAAUGAGAGAUAAAGGAUGUGAACCAUUGAUGGAUGAAGUAUAUUUAUUUUGUGCAAAACAUGAUAUUUUGGUGCCCAAGAUGGAAGAAUUCUAUAUUCCUGGAAAGUCGAAGCAUAGGCCUUCUAGUGUUACUUAUUCACAUCACUUACGUGUUGAGCUUUUUUAUGCCGUGAUUGAUUUGCAACUUCUGGAGCUUAAUAGUCAUUUUGAUGUUGUGAGUAGUAACCUGCUUCUUGGUAUGGCUAGCUUGAAUCCGGCUAACUCAUUUGCUAAUUUUGAUAAGGAAAGGAUAAUGACAUUGGCCAAGCAUUAUCCCGAUGAGUUUGGUGAAUUGAAGCUUCGAGAUCUUAGUCGCCAACUUGACACUUUCAUAUGGCAUAUGCAACAUGGUGACCCUAGGUUCUCUGAUUUGAAAGGAAUUGGUGAUUUGGCGAAAGCAUUGGUUGAGACAAAUCUUGUGGAGACUUAUUCACUUGUUUAUUUGCUUGUGAAGUUGACUUUAAUUUUACUUGUCGCAACUGCAACGGUGGAAAGAGCAUUCUCAUCUAUGAAGUACAUCAAAGAUGAAUUGCGUAGUAGUAUUGGUGAUGCAUUUUUAAAUGAUUGUUUAGUUUGUUACUUUGAGAGGGAAGUGUUUGUAAAUAUAAGCAAUGAUGCUAUUAUUGACCGUUUUUAA